AUGGCGUCCGGCAAGCUCAUCGCCCUUCUCUUCGCCUUGGCCGCGGUGGCGGCGAUGGCGACGGUGCAGCCGUCCGAAGCGAGAAUCCAGGGUCUCGACUCUCUCGAGCGCCGCCAAGAUGCCGACCAAGUGCUGCGCGCCUCGACGUUCCACGACGCCGCGCCGUCGCCGAGCUCGCCCGGCGGCGUAGUCCCACCCCAGCCCGCCACGCGAAGCGCGCCGCCGCCGCCGGCGCUGACAGAGUGCAUGACGCCGCUGAUCGGCAUGGUGCCGUGCAUGGACUACCUCACCAACCUCACCGUGCUGGCGCCUCCGGCCGCGUGCUGCGACGGCCUCAAGGCGGUCAUCCGCGACGCCCCCAUCUGCCUCUGCCACGGCAUGAACGGCAGCAUGAACAGCCUCGUCAUGCCCCGGCACAUCGACCCCGUCCGGAUGAUCAUCCUCCCGCUCGCCUGCGGCGCCGUGCUGCCGCUCCAAACGCUCUUCUCCUGCAACACGCAACAUGUGCCGCCGAUAAUGCCACCGAUGCCGGCGCCGGCGCCUGCCAAUGAUGCUCCUGCAGCGUCACCGUUGUCGGAGUAG